GAUACUCGCUUAGGAUCGCGAUGUUUAUUAUUCUGACAUCAACGUGCACUUAUAUUUACAGUUGAGGCUCCCAGUGCUGAGGCACACUGCCGCCGUCGCGGUGCUCACCCCAGCAACCACGCUGCCGUGGGACCAGAAAAAUGCUGAGGUACCCGGCAUUGAGGCACGUUGCCGUCGUCGCGUUGCUUACUCCGGCAACUGCUCGCUCGGAUCGUUCCAUCGAUUCAGCUCACGACCGCCACACCUGUAGCACCAACUCAUAUACCUCUUACCCCUGGAGGCGAAGGGGUGGGCCCAAAUGUGUGACUCGGAAAACUCCCCCUAUGCCACCUUCACUCGUCUCUACCGGUUACAACUUCGGACUCAAACUCCUCUCCUGGUUCAUUGCCAGGCCCUCAUUUUUCCCUCACGGUCACUGCGCCGUCUGGGAUCAGUUAUGAAAACAUAUUCAGAUGAAGAAGGCGACCAUGUGCAUGAGGACGACACUGGCAAGAAAAACUUCGACUUCACCGGCGAACUUAAUCGUCUGAACCAGGGUGGUGUACGACUUAGCUUCGUAGAAACAGUUGGAAGAGGCUUUCAAGGUUUCC